AUGAGCAGCGUCCAUGCUGCCGGAUCUGCCACAGAGACCCAGACUCAGCCACUUGACGCAACACCCGACCAAGUCGAACAGCCCGCUUCAACAACCACUACCAACACGGGCGAGGCCCUCGGCGAUGGCGUCGCUGGGCCAUCUACGGCAUCCCUGGACACCGAAGGGCGUGUCAAUGGCGCGGAGAAAGCAGCAACGGCCAAGGAACCGACCAUCGGGCCGGGGGCACUGCAGCCUGGCGAGGGGGUCGUGACGAUGAGCGAGGUAGAGCAUGUCGAGGGGGCGGAUGCGGAGCAGGAGCAGGGCGCGGUCAUAGGAAGCGACGAGUCCGGUCAGUGGACAGAGGAGGAUAGCCACGAGCUGAAGCGCGUCAAGGUGUACGAGCUCAUCGGCUCGCGCUGGGUCGACCAGGGCACCGCGUUCUGCUUCGGCGACUUCCAAGACAACGAGGCGCUGUUGAUCGCUCGCGCGGAGGCCGACUUCAACCAUGUCAUUCUUUCAACCACUAUUCGGACGAACGACGUAUACCAGAGGCAGCAGGACACCCUUAUUGUUUGGACUGAGCCAGAUGGGGUGGAUUACGCGCUCAGUUUUCAGGAUCCCGAGGGUUGUGCGGAGGUAUGGCAUUUCAUUCAGGAGGUGCAACGACAUAUGAGUAACCGAGAAGAUGCGGGAGUCUCCUCUUCACCAAUAUUGGGCCCUGAGCCAUUGGUAUCGACCGCGAACAUCAUUCGCUCUGGCCACCUACCGCAGCCUCAACUAGGCAUCAUUGGUGAGAUUGAACGUGCGAUCAAGUCUCUGGCGCGCACGAACGCCAUCAAGGAGCGCAUAUGUGAGUACAUUCAAACUGAGGACUAUAUAAAGUCAAUGAUCAAUGUCAUGAACCAGGCAGAAGAUCUGGAGAGUCUGGAAAAUCUACAUGCUCUAUGCUCGUGUAUGCAAACCAUCCUUAUGCUCAACGACCACAGCCUCUACGAACAUAUCCUGGAGGACGACAUCUUCUUGGGUGUCGUCGGAAUGCUCGAAUACGACCCUGAGUUCCCAACUCAUAAAGCCAACUAUCGCGAGUUCCUGCACCAGACCUCGCGCUUCCACCAGCCUGUCCCUCUUCGUGACGAAACGAUCCAGAAGAAGGUCCAUCACACCUACAGACUGCAGUUCCUCAAGGACGUGGUCCUUGCUCGUGCCAUUGACGAUUCGACGUUCAACGUCCUUAACUCCUGCAUCAUCUUCAACCAGAUCGACAUCAUAAAUCACGUCCAGAACGACCCUGCGUUCCUACUCGAGGUCGUAUGCACAUUCUUGGACGACAAUAUGAUCGAGUUGUUGGGCCUGGAACCUCUGCGCAAGGUGCAUCCACAGGAUUUGGAGAACGACAAGGACAAGAUGGACGUCGAUCAGGCGCAGGAGCGGUCUCCCAGUGGCGUUCCGUAUCCCAAUGGGACUACCGCUGACGGUGUGUGUCGCCCACGGCCGUGUACGGAGGAGGAAGUCGUUCAGGCCCGAGAGAUCAUCUUCCUCAUCCAACAGCUCUGCGUCAUGGGGAAGAAUGUCCAGCUUCCCGCCCGAAUGGCUUUGUUCCGUGCUUUGGUCGAUCGCGGGAUCUUGUUCGGCGUGCAGUGGGCUAUGUCUCAACCGGAGUCGGAGGAGCAGGGACGCCAGAUGAUCUCCGCUGCUGGCGAGAUUCUAACGGCUUUGCUCGAUCAUGACUUGAAUGGCGUACGAGGACAUGUACUGAAACAGGUCGUGGCAGCAGAGAGGGAGAAGUCGAUGGGCAAGAAGGUGCCGGAGAGGGAGACGAUGCUGUUCUUGAUGUGCAGGGUACUCGUCAAGAGCCGGGAUCUGGCGGUACAGAGCCAGCUCGGUGAAUCCCUCAGGACGCUGUUGGAAACGCAGCAGGACCCGCCGGAUGUACACCCGAUGGCUGGUAUUAAAUUCUUUCAGCGUAACAAGGAUGAACCUGGCGUUGAGCGCUUCCUUGACAAUUUCUACAAGUUCUGCAUCGAGACCUUGUUCCGGCCAUUCGGUGAUAUUCCCGAGUUCAGGACGCUUACAGGCAGGUUGUACAUUCGCUCGAGGUCAUCCUAUGUUGACAGUUGUGUAGAACCGCGACUCACGAUGUCGAGGGAACGGACUAACCUAUUCUUGUAUCUGUGUGACCUGCUGUCUAUGUUUACGCUACAACAUUCCUUCCGCAUCCAUUUCUUCAUCCUCUCCUCGAACAUCGCGACGCGCGUAGCCUCUCUGUUGACCGCCAGAGAUAAACAUCUCAGAUUAGCCGCCUUCCGAUUUUUCCGGGCAUGUGUCAAGCUCAACAACCAGAACCUAUUCAACUAUCUUCUCAAGCACGAUAUCUUCCAGCCUAUCCUUGAUCUUACUGCUGAAGAGUCGCGGAGGGACACACUCCUUAGCGCGUCAUGUCAGGAGCUCUUCGAACACAUGCGCAAGGAGAACAUGAAGGAGGCAAUUAACCAGUGCAUGAUCAUGUACGAGGCCAAAGUACGGACACUAGCCGAGAAUCCCUUGCUUGGCCCCCGGUUCCAGAAUUUUAUUCGCCGCUGGGAGAUGAACAACGCGCCCCCACCCGAGGAAGAGAAGAAGACUGAGGCUCCAAUACCAAACGGCGCUCGGCGCUGGGGUCAGGGUCGCUUUCCCGAGGCGGAGGAAGAAGACUACUUCAAUACCGACGACGACGAGGACAUCGUGCCCGUCAUGUCUUCACCACCACCCAAUCCCCGCAGCAAUACGCUGAAGCGGAAACGCACCACCAUGAUGCGGAGACAGCAACCUCCACAUACAUCCGCCGCUCCGUCGCAGCCACUCAGCGCGCUUGUUGCAUACGAUGACAACGACGACGUCGACGGCACCGAGAGCUUUGAUGUCCGCCUCCCGCAGGCUGAUGAGCCUCCUGCGUUGUCUUCGCCAUCAAUACCACGCAAACUUCCCGAAACGACCAGCAGUUACUUCCCUACCACCGACGAACCGCCCGCUAGCCCGCGGAUGUCCCACAAACAGAUCCCGCCUAAGCCCUUGGUCUCACAACCAGGGGAUGAACAGGACGAUCUCUUGGAGCACAUAUUCAACAACUCGCGACCGUCAUCACCCUCGCCCAGCAGUAAACCCCCAGAACUUGGCGCGAAGAGGCGACGAGAUGACGACGACGACGAGCUGCUUGAGCGGUUGGCUACGAGGUCGAAGCGCCCAAGUAUAUCGCAGAGUCCGGAGAAGGAGAAGUCAGAUCCUCCACCCAUCGCAGGCAGGGUUGGCCCUACGAAAGCGGCUGAGGAGGGCCCCAAGAAGAUCAAGCUGAAGUUCGGCGUGGUUGGUGCGGCUGUGGCAGCAUCACCGUCUACGGAGCCUGCACCUUCAGAUCCUGGCACGAAGGAAGGGGACAAUGGCUAG